AUGAAGGAGUUGCAAUCAUUGGUGAAGAGUAUGCAGCUGGCUCCAACUUUUCAAGAUCAACCCUGCUCCAACUCUCUGGAAUUGGGCUCUUCUUUACUUAAACGAUUUGGUAUCGAAACUGUGGUGAGCUUGCCAGGUGUUGGGGCGAAUUUCCAAGAUCACCCAUUGCUCAGAGCUAGUACCACUUUGGAUAUUUACCUUUCUGCGAACAAUUUGACCAGUAAUGCGACUUUCAACGCUGAGAUGCAAGCAUUGUAUAGGCAUAACAGAUUGGUUCGUAAAGUGUCAUACUCCAAAGAAGGGGGAGGCGAAUAUGCAUUUGUUGGAACCCGUUCUUUCACCAAUACAACUUCACAGAUUGUAUCCUCAGCCUCAUCUAUCACACCGGCAUCAUAUUUACCAUCCGAUGUCGACUCCACUAUCUUAGCAGGAUAUGAAGCUCAACACGAAAUCCUCACUAGAGAUCUCGCAUCCAACAACAUGCCAAUUAUGGAAUUCAUUUUUGGAGGAUGA